AUGUCAAUAAUAUCCCCAAAUUCCCACAUUUUAUACCGACAAGAACUCAACCAGAAGGAGAGCCAUCACCAGAUCUGGAGCAAACCAAACGGAUUCGGGUUCGAUGGGAGCAAGAUUUAUUACGAGUGGAGAAAGAGAGGGAAUAGAGAUUUGAGGGCAUCAGCUGCGUUUUGGCCUGAGUUAUCAAAGCCCUCUGCAGCUUUGGAGAUGGAGCCCAUUCAAGAUUGUCAACACUUUGAUCAGAUUCUAGAUAAAGCUAAAGAGCUCUCACAACCCAUUCUUGUUGACUGGAUGGCUGCUUGGUGCAGAAAAUGCAUCUAUCUGAAGCCCAAAUUGGAAAAAUUGGCCACCGACUAUGAUACAAAGAUGAAAUUUUACUGUGUGGAUGUCAACAAUGUGCCUAAAGCGUUGGUUAAGCGUGGAAACAUCUCGAUAUGGAAAGAUGGGGAGAUGAAAGCAGAAGUUAUCGGAGGGCACAAGGCAUGGCUCGUUAUUGAAGAAGUCAGGGCUAUGAUCCAACAGCUUCUAUAA